UUUAAAUGUUAUUUCGACCCACCUUUUUUAACCUUACGAUAAAAGCAACGUGAAAUAAUUCUUGUGGAACCUUUGAAGGUUGUGAUAAAGAGUGUGAAAAUAUAUAAAAAAUAAGGGAGCAAGGGAAGUCGUCACAAAAGUUGUUUGAUAGUAACCAAGGAAGAACAUCGGGCGCCAGAUGGCUGUGUAAUUACUUUAAAAAUCGAUUAAUAAUUUAAUAUAUAUAUACAUCUAUUUGGACGAUCGAAGAAGAGGUAUAAGAAAGAAUUUUCGGUGGAGCACCAGGCUAUUAUAUUUAGUGCUUUUAUAAAGAACGUGAAACAAUCUAUGCGUCAAUAUAAAUUUUUCUACACAUUUUACGCGUAACUCGGUGAUUUUUUUCAAACAUGUGUUUUGUUGUAUAUUUGCUUUCCAAACAGGCUUUCAUCUUUUAAAUGAAACAUAUCCGACUAUAAAAUAUCAACACGUUUUGCUUUCCAUAUUAAAAGAAAAAUUGUUUAGUGAAAGACAUAUUUCUAUGUCUGUAUUUCUAUGUUGUGUUGAACUGGAGUUUUUAUUUUUAUUUUUUAGUUUCAUGCGAAUGUCACAGUGUCGUUGUGCGCGUGUGCGUAGAAGCAAUCAAUAAUAUUUUUUUAAAAUCAGAAAUUAGAAAUCUAUUUAAAAAUGAAGAAUUAAUUUAAAAACAGAAACGAAAUUCUUUUUGUAAUCGCAAAGAAUGAACAUCGAGUCAAUAUGGGCGUAUUUUUUAUAAAUUGGAUUACCUCCCUUCAAGGACCGACGAAGAAUCUUUUAUUACGGACACUUAUUUUCACAGCAUAUUUAUUAGUUGGAGCUGCAAUUUUUCGGAUGAUCGAGUCCAGAACGGGGAUAGAAGAGAAAAAUGAUUUUGAUCAAAUUAAGCAAGACAUAAUAGACACGUAUGGUAUCAACAAUAGCGUUUUGGAGAUAUUUAUUGACCGUGUUCGCUCAGCUGAAGCGGAAGGUUAUUGGGAUGUUGACUUCGAACGAUGGAGUUUUUUUGGCUCAUUGUUCUUUGCAGCUACAGUUCUCACCACUAUAGGUUUCGGACACAUGGCACCAAGAACUUUUAGCGGUCGACUAUUUUGUAUGAUAUAUGCUUUUUUUGGGAUACCCAUCACUGGCUUGAUGUUGAAAUCAUUCGGUGAAAAACUUAUGGACAGCAUCGACGUUUCCGUUGCCCUGAUUGACGAAAAAUUGUUAAAAAGAGAAAGACGCUCCACCGCAGUGCGCACAAGCUUGAUUCUUUUCACCCUAAUGGUAUCAAUGAUCAUAUUUUUGGCCCUAGCGUCGCAACUGUAUGAAGGCUGGACCUUCUUUGAAGGUUUUUACUUCGGCUUUGUCACAUUAAGCACCAUCGGUUUCGGAGACUUCGUCCCGACCACACCCCAUCACGGCGUCAACGGAGUCACGCACAUUCACGUCGCAUUAUUUAUCAUAGUAACUUUUUUUUACAUCACCAUUGGUUUAGCGGUCGUAUCGAGCGUGCUCGUUUCUGUAUCGAGAAUAUUUGAAAGUAAAACAGAAUGGGAGUUUGUUUCGUUACAAGAUGCAUACCAAGACGGAGAUGAAAAUCACAAUGAACAAACUGAGUUGCUGAUAGAUAAAUAAAAUGUAGAACGAAUAAAAAGGGUAUAAUUAUUUACUAUAAACAGAAUUUUAAAUCAUUUAUCAAUAGUACAAA